AGCUGGCUUCUUCAUCUUCUCAACCAGCUGCCGAACAGGACUGUGUUUCGUGUAAGAUCAUCGGAACGGCCAGUCUAUUCGGCAUCGGUUGCUACAUAAUUUUUGCCACAAGACCAAUCGGAUACUAUGCAACAAGGCCUGUAACUCGACAAAUAAUUCGAUCCUUAUCAGCAGUUCCAUUCUACGCAUCAAUCGCUCGAUUCUUCUAUCUACCGCCAUUCGAAUCAAUCGAUCCAACGAAAGAUGUCAAACAUUAAUACAAUAUACAUAAUGGGUGUCAGUGGAUGCGGUAAAAGUACUGUUGGAAAAGCUCUUUCUGAGAAGCUCAGACGGCCAUUCAAAGAUGGUGAUACUUUCCAUUCACCUGAAAAUGUAGAGAAAAUGAAAGCCGGCACACCACUGAAUGAUUCUGAUAGACUUCCAUGGCUUCAAGCUAUUAACAACUACGCAAGACUCAAUCAAGGAUACGUUAUCGCUUGUUCUGCGCUUAAAAGACGUUAUAGAUCCAUUCUUUGUGAACAUCUUCCCAAUGGAGCCAGCGGAAGAGCUGUUUUCAUUCUGUUGAAUUUAAAAAGGGAAGUUCUUCAGCAACGCGUGAAUUCCCGUCCCGGACACUUCAUGCCAUCUACUUUACUUGAUAGUCAGCUGGCUACACUUGAACUUCCGAGUCCCGAUGAAUCAAAUAUCGUCACUGUUGAUGCGAAUAGUGAAAAUGUGGAUCAAAUUGUUGAUACAAUUGUAAAGACUCUGGCAUUGAUUUGUGAAUGAUUCUAGAAAUCUAAAUAAUAUAAAUAAAUUUAAUAAU